AAUAAUUUGGUGAUGAUGGGUCUUUGAAAGCUAUUUUUCUUACCCAACUGUGUAAAACAAUCCUCAGUUGCAAUGUCACAAUCGUUGUAACUGCUGCAUAAGGUUGGAAAGAAAAUAUCUCUCAGCAAUUCCAGGUAUAUAACGUACAUCUUUUUCGUUUAUAUAAAUACUCGGCUACUUUCAAAAGUUUUUGGUUUGGUUUGAUUGGGCUUAACGUGUCAACUUUAACUGAAAUCUGGUUUACAUAAUAAGCAGUUUUACUAAUAGGGACACCAUGUCUAAUACUACGCAAUACAAAUUAGUGUAUUUUAAUUUACGAACUUUGGGAGAACCCAUUCGUAUGUUGUUCAAAUAUAUGCAAAUCCAAUUUGAAGAUGUCAGAAUUGAUCCUGCAGAAUGGCAAGGGCAAGUCCGAACCAGUUGCAAGUGGCUCAAAGUCCCAGAACUUCACACAACUGAUUCGAAUGGCAAAACUUAUUGUUUAACUCAAACCUCAGCUAUUUGCAGAUACUUGGCAAAUUCAUACCCAACGUUUGAACUCAUGCCAACGGACCCUUUGGAUCAAGCGAGAUGUGACAUGAUUGUUGAUGCUGUUCAAGACUUCAGAAUGCGAAUGAAGCCCUACAUCGUUGCGAAAUAUUUUGAUCCAGAAGGUUGCAGCAAACUAUCGCAGCUGAAGAAAGAACUCUUGGAUGACGAGUUUUGGAUUUAUUUAAAAAAUAUGGACCAAAUUUUGGAGGAAGAAAGGGGUGACUUCAUUUGUGGAGAGAAAGUUCGAUGGGCAGACUUUUUUCUGGCAAACUUUACUGCCAUUUGGGAAGAGAUAUUUGAUGACGAAAAUCUGUUGAAAGCUUAUGAAAAUCUAAAGAAACAACAGCAAGCAGUGGAGUCACUCCCUAAAAUUCAAGAAUGGAUUAAACAACGAGAGUAUACAAAGAUCUAAUAAGUUCAAAAUGAACUUAUUAGAAAAAUGAAAAUACGUCGGAUUUUCAAUGUUAAUUGAAUCUCAAUGUUCGUGUAAAGAGAAAAUCUGUGUAACUUCAAAUUUUCAUAUAUUUAUAAAUUGUAAAUUACAAUAAUAAAUUAUUCAUAUUGAA